CGGGCGGAGAGAGGCAGGAGGGGCGGGGAAGGAUUCACCCUCCGCGGGCCGGAGCUUGGCUGGUCUCCCGCGCCGGCCGGGGGAAGGCGGCUCGGCCGGGUGCGGGGAGCGAGCCCGGGGCCAUGGAGCGCUGGAAGGGCAGAGUGGCGCUGGUGACCGGCGCCUCGGUGGGCAUCGGGGCGGCGGUGGCCCGGGCUCUGGUGCAGCAGGGCAUGAAGGUGGUGGGCUGCGCCCGGAGCGUGGACAAGAUAGAGAAAUUGGCAGCAGAAUGCCAGAGUGCGGGAUACCCUGGCAUCCUAAUUCCCUAUAAGUGUGAUCUGUCCAAUGAAGAGGAGAUCCUAUCUAUGUUCUCUGCAAUCAAGACUCUACAUCAAGGGGUUGAUGUGUGCAUCAACAAUGCUGGCUUGGCUCGCCCCGAGCCCCUGCUGUCUGGGAAAACAGAGGGUUGGAGGAUGAUGAUAGAUGUCAACGUUAUGGCCGUAAGUAUCUGCACCCGGGAGGUCUAUCAGUCCAUGAAGGAGAGAAACAUUGAUGAUGGCCACAUUAUUAACAUUAACAGCAUGAACGGUCACAGUGUCGUACCACAGUCAGUUGUUCAUUUUUACAGUGCCACCAAGUACGCUGUUACAGCAUUGACGGAGGGGCUAAGACAAGAACUUAGGGAAGCCAAGACUCAUAUACGAGCUACAUGUAUAUCUCCAGGACUGGUGGAAACUGGAUUUGCUUUUAAACUUCACGAUAAUGAUCCAGAAAGAGCUGCUGCAACCUACGAGAGCAUUAGGUGUCUAAAAGCUGAAGAUAUGGCCAAUGCUGUCAUAUAUGUACUAAGUGCUCCACCUCAUGUACAGAUCGGAGAUAUUCAGAUGAGGCCUACAGAGCAGAUUUCGUAGUAAAUGAAGAGGAAUGCAAGCAGCACCAUGCAUCAAUCCCCCUUCACGCCCUCCAGUAGUUUAGGGUUUCAUCUGCUGGUUGACAACAUUUUAAUUGGAUGCCAAGGAUCACAUUUGAAGAAUUAAUUUUCAUUUUCUCUCUCUCUGAGCUGGUGCUGAGCCAGUAAAAAAAAAAUUACUAUUGGUCUUGGGUAUCUCUCCCCCUCACUAUUACUGUAAAUGUAAUUUGAAAACACUGCAGGGAAGCAAAUCAGUGGAAUACUGUAUAUGAUUGGUUUGGGUUUUUGGUUUAGUUUGUUUGGGUCUUGUUUGCUGAUGCUCCAGACAGACACAGGUGAAGCAUCAUGAGAUAUUUGCCAACUUCAAAGCUUCACUUGGUUGCUGAUUCCUUUCUGCUGUUGUGCAUUCUUUGAAUUGUUGCAAUGAAUUAAAUGGCACAUGACCUGUCACUUUCUUCUCUGUUUUUUAAGUAUGAUUGUCAGAGGUGUCCCAACUACUUCAUUUGGCAGAUGUGAUUUCCACCUCUUCCCUGUUCAGCUGUGACAGACUAAUGCAUUGGAGGGAGAUUUCCUUUGUACUUAGAACAAAGGAUUUGUCUUAAUAUUAGUCCUCUCUUCUAAAGUCAAAACAAUAGACAAGACAUCUACUGUCCACCUUUUUCAACAUACUUAAUGCUUCAGAUUUUUGGUGUAUAUUGUGUAUCAGUCAAUCUAAUUUCUGUUCCUCUUGCAUCUAUUCAAAGCUAAUUUUCCUUGUCAGUAAUGGCGCCUGUGACUACCCUUCCCCAUUGUAUCCCACAGUGCCAGAAGAAGUGUAAAGAAUACUCCUUUCCUGUUUACAUGAAUUGUGCCUGACAGAUCUGAAGAAGUAUCUCUGUGUGAUUGCCGUUUCUUUCUCUUUCUAGGUAGGUAGAUAGAUGGAGGGAUACGCACCUGAAUUUCCACAGGCUAGGGAAUGACGAUCUAACGUAUAAGUGGCAUAGUUAAAGUAUGAGUGAGUUGUUUGGUCUUUUUAAUAAAAGUAAAAUAAAAUUGUGUACAGUCUUCUUGUGAUCAUAUAUAUCCUUUGUACCAUCUCAUAGCAUUCUUGAUGUUUUUGUAUGUUUGAUAUUUGCAUGCAAUUAUACUUUUUGGAAAUAUUGACGCAGUCUUAGAAAUGCUGUAUGGUGCUGUUUAAAUGCUGAUUGCUGAAAGCUAGUGAAUUGGAAAUGUUGAAACUGUGAAAUGGUAUACGAUCAGAUUCUUUUGGAGUUGUGGGGGAAGAGAGAGAGGGGUGAACCAUACUGAAGCUGUCCAGAAUGCAUGACUUCUGCAUAAAGCCUCAUUCUGCUCUCAUAACCAGUUUUAUGCUGGUGUAAUUCCUCUGAGUUACACCUGAUUUACACUGGUUUAGGUCUAAGGAGAGUAAGGCCCAUAGCUGAUUACACUUACAGUUGCAAAACUACUUUAGCUACCAUGUUUAGGCUCCGUUAGAAUGGUAUAAAAGAGACAUAGGUGUGCACUCCAACCUGAUAUGCAAUUGUGGAGUUGUUAAUAUGUAUUGCCUUAAGAUUCUGAUUUCACUUCUGCUGUGCUCUGAAUUUCCUGUAGCAUUUCCGGUGGUGAACCUGUUGUAUUAGGUAGAGCAGGUUUGGUCAAGUGACCUGAGCAAGGACUGAGAGCCAGGGAACUUGAUUUUGAUAUCUUCACAUACACUAGUUUUACACCAUCUAUGGGUGUUACUCCUUGUUUAUAUCAGCGUAAGAGAGACCAGGAUCAGGCCAAAUACCUCGUGAUUUCCAACUCCCUCUUUGUCCUUGGGCAAGUCACUUAACCUCUCUGCCUCAGUUUCCCCAUCUGUAAAAUGGGAUAAUAAUACUUACCUACCUCACAGGGGUGUUGUGAGGACUCAUUAUCUGUUUUGUAAAGCACUUUGAAUAUGAAAAGCGCUAUGUAAGUGUUAAGUAUUGUUGUUAAGUAUUAUUAAUUACAUCUUGUGAUACACAGAAUUACUUGUGCCAAAGGUCGGCAACAGUAGACAGAUAUGGCAAGAAUAGCUGGUAAUGCAUACGUUAGUAAUGCUGGCAUAAAUGAAAAAACAUAUAACUUUUUUUUCUCUUUAAAAGUGUGUUCAUUAUUUUUUUCUUUCCAUUCCUGGUUUCUCGUCCUCCUCCCUCCUCGGUAAGGCAAGUGCUGACUCGGCCGUUUCUGGAUUUGGCUUUUUAAUUCAUUGUAGGUUAAAUUCAUCACUGUGCAGAGGACUUGAAACAAGAAAAUGUACCACUCAAGUCCCACUUAACCAGGACUGGCUCUAGGCACCAGCAAAGCAAGCACGUGCUUGGGGCGGCACAAUUCCAGGGGCGGCAUUCCAACCAUUCUUUUUUGUUGUUGUUGUUGCUUGGGCAGCAUUCCCCUGGGUGCUGAAUUAGGGGACACCAGUGCAGCCUUGAUUAACGGACGCUGUCCCUAACAACAGUCCCACAGAGCUCAAGACAAAUGGCACAUGCUUUUCUAGAUACUGGAGCCCUUGUUGUGCUCAGAUUUGUGGCACUGGGGUAAGGAGGGUCACAGCAUUAGUGCAUUAUUGCAGUGAGACAUUUUCGAAAGCUGCCCUCCCAGAUUUUGUACAGCACCAUUGUGAUAUUCAGCUUGGUUUAACUUUAAAACUCUUCGUGUUCUUCCAAGGAUUUAUAUGCAUUGGGAACUGGAGCUCAUCAUUUUGACAGAUGCACUUGUGCCACAUUUGUGAUAGUCUCUGUUUGCCGGAAGCUGGGAAUGAGCGACGGGAUGGAUCACUUGAUUACCUGUUCUGUUCAUUCCCUCUGGGGUAUCUGGCAUUGGCCACUGUCGGAAGACAGGACACUGGGCUAGAUGGACCCUUGGUCUGACCCAGUAGGGGCCAUUCUUAUGUGAUAUUAUAAAAAGAAAAUAUUGGAAAUGGUGACAAUAUUUGGAGUCUGAGCCAAAUUAAUGUUUAGAAAUUGGAAACCUGCUGCCCCCGUUCAGCAAAGCACUUAACCACAUGCUUAACAUUGAAGUCAAUGGGAAUACUCACAUGCUUAAAGUUAAGCACAUGCUUAAGUGCGUUUCUUAAUCAGGGCCUAAAUUGAUCAUUCUACUUUGAAUUCAGAAAGCAUUACCUCAGGUAUCUUCCUAUGAUUUAGUUGGGGUUGGCCCUGCUUUGAGCAGGGGGCUGGACUAGAUGACUUCCUGAGGUCCCUUCCAACCCGGAUAUUCUAUGAUUCUAUGAAAAGGGCCAUUCCAGUUUGCUAGUGUUCCUUAAAAUAUGAACUGGCAGCCUCAUGGUUUUAAAAGUCCCAUUCAAAUGUUUUUCUACAUUUGUAACCUUCUCAGACUGAUAAAAUAAUGUGUUGUCUUUCAAAUUAUUUUGCUUCCAACUGUCCAGUAUGUUUUCCGUUCCAAAUUUUUUAGGGAUUUUUUUUCCUGCUGCCAGUUAAGUUUCUACCUUUGGCUGAUUUCCUAAAACACAUGCAAACCUUUAAGGGGCUUGAAAACAGAUGGCUAGUUCUGCUGCUCUGCCUCUCAUUUACACUUACCUAGAUGGAUUGCACUUCGAACCAUCUUUCCAGAAUGAUGUGGGAUUGGCAACACGACUAGGAAGAGGAGGGGUUGUUUUGAAACUCCCAAACAGAAGGGUGAACUGUUUAAUUUAUCGAUAGGUUUCUAAUUGUGAACUGUAAAAUAAAAAGAGAAAAAUA